GCGUUGUUUUGAGCAUCGGUCUUGUGUGUCAGACUUCAGCUGUGAGCGAACGAAUACUUUACGAAAGUUGUCAAUCGAAUAAUGGAAAUUCCACCAAGUCAAACGAUCUAUAUCAAUAAUCUYAAUGAAAAAGUCAAAAAAGAAGAGCUCAAGAAGUCACUUUACGCAAUCUUCUCUCAAUUUGGAGCCAUUAUUGAUAUUGUAGCUUUAAAAACCUUUAAAAUGAGAGGCCAGGCAUUCGUAGUGUUUAGGGACUUGCCKAGYGCAUCAAAUGCUCUKCGGUCCAUGCAGGGRUUUCCAUUUUAYGACAAGCCAAUGAGAAUACAGUAUGCUAAGAGCAAAUCCGAUGCAGUYGCUAAACUUGAGGGGACUUUUGUCCAAAGAGAAAAGAAACCAMGAGAAAARAGAAAGGCAGAACCAGCUGUCAGUCGACCUGCCAAGAAGGCCCAGCCAGUAGCUCAACAAAUAGCAGCAGUACCAGGUGCUGUUCCUGGUAUGGUUCCUGGACAACCWGGAAUGCCACCAAAUGUUGCAGCAAUGGGUCARCCAGGAUUAGUCCARCAAGCACCAGACCUGCCAAACAGUAUCCUCUUCUUAACAAACCUUCCUCCAGAAACCACAGAAAUGAUGUUGUCUAUGCUCUUCAACCAGUUCCCAGGAUUCAAAGAAGUUCGUCUUGUACCUGGAAGAUCCGAUUUCGCUUUUGUAGAGUUCGACAACGAAGUCCAAGCAGGAACUGCCAAAGAUGCCCUACAAGGAUUCCGCAUAACACCGACGAAUGCUAUGAAUAUUUCAUAUGCCAAGAAGUAAUCCUUAUAUAGAUGGAUAAUGGCAUUGCACUAAGCCAUCCCAGUGUAUAUUUGAUAAAUAGWUCCUUGUAAUAGCAGCAUUGCACCAAGCUGUGAAAGUAGUUUAUGUUUUAUAAUMAUUMAUUUUGAUAAUUCUGCAAUUUUUUMUUAGAUUUUCAGGUCAAACUUGAAUUCUUAUGGRAAAUGGGACGGUUUAUUUUUGAAACUGAAAUUUGAGAAGGAACAWWGUUUGAUAAUUUGAAUUUAUCAAGUUUUGUUCACAAUUCACAUUUGUUUUAUAUUCAGAACCUGAGUCGGUUGUGCAAAUUGUGCAUGAAGUUAUCCACUCUAUAGAUUUGGUAUAUAUAUUAUCUGCUUGUAAGAGGAUUUAUCUAGUGRGUAGCACUGGAUUCACCMUUUUUACAAGCAGUUUGAAACCUUUUUUUACAAAAGAUAAACUUUUUAUAUGAUUCUGUGUAAUAAMAAAGAAGUGAMAAAUUGAUGUUAAUAUUAAGCUGAUAAAUAUCUGCAUUGCACUCGGCAGAAACAUACUCCAUACAUUGCACAGCGUAUGUCGUAUAUUGACAGAUCUAUACUAUUGUACAUAUAACAUUAGCUGGCCUUGAGGAGCGAUAUUAAGGGCAGUUAUUGAUCAAUAAAGCUCUUGUAGUUCUAAAGUCUGACCAAGUGUAACUUUUUUCUACAAUUUGAUUGUAUUCAGUCAUUGAGGGUGUGGGAUUAAAACUAAUAGUGUUUGGAAG